CUUUUUUGUGUGGCUUGGACUGGGAUUGUGCCUUUAAGACAGGACAGGUUUCCUUUAGUAAAACAACCUUAAGUCCAGCUGAAGGUGGGUGGGAUGGUUGUUUAGCUGCAACAAAACCACCGCUUCAGAAAUAGCCACUGUGAGGAGGUCAUCUGUUUCUUAACUCCGCGCAACUUGGCGCGCUGUGAGGACGCACCGGGUAGUACCAGCACCAGCAGCAGCAGCAUGGCCGACUAUGACACUGCAACCGCCUUCCUCGGGGAAUGGGGUCGUUUCCAGCAGCAGGUGUCUUUCCUCCUGUGCCUGACUACCAUCCCGAACGGCUUCGCCGCCCUGGCCAUCGUGUUCCUCGCCGACACGCCGUCGCACCGCUGCCUCAUCCCAACGCACCUCAACCUGACAGCGGCAUGGAGGAACAGCAGCAUCCCGCUGGAGGAAGACUGGAGCCACGGCGGCGCUUUGGCCCCCAGCAAGUGCUCCAGAUACAAACUGACUGACGUGCAGAGUUUUUCGGAGAGAGGCUUGCUGCCGGGCGUCGAUGUCAACCUGUCCAGUGUCCCGAAAGAAAGCUGCGUGGACGGAUGGGAGUACGACAGCAGCGUCUACGUUUCUACCAUCGUAUCUGAGUGGGACCUGGUGUGUGACAACAGCUGGAAGAACCCCCUGACUUCUUCUGUCUUCUUCUGCGGAGUCCUCACCGGGUCCUUCAUUUCAGGACAACUCUCUGACAGGUACGGGAGAAAGAAAGUAUUGUUCGCUACUAUGGCAGUCCAGACGGUGUUCACACUCAUCCAGGUCUUCUCUCCAUCCUGGGUUAUAUUCUGCGCUAUGUUCUUUGUCGUCGGGUUGGGACACAUUUCCAACUACAUGUCUGCAUUUGUCUUAGGAACAGAGAUAUUAGGCCCACGAGCUCGGACCGCUUUCUCCACGGCCGGUGUGAGUCUGUUCUUCGCUGCCGGCUACAUGCUCCUGCCGCUGUUUGCGUUCUUCAUCAGAGACUGGAGGAUGCUUCUGCUUGGCCUCGCCCUGCCUGGAUUCACCUUUGUCCCGCUCUGGUGGUUCAUCCCAGAGUCUCCUCGAUGGCUACUCUCUCAGGGGAGAAUAAAGGAGGCUGAGGCCAUAGUCAGAGAAGCAGCUAAGAUGAACAAGAUUGAACCUCCGCCGGCCAUCUUCAGCUCUUCACAGAAAGAACUGGAGUCUGAGAGCAGGAGGCCGCACAACAUCUGUGACCUGCUUCGUUCUCCAAACAUCCGCUGGAUCUCUAUCACGCUGUGGCUGGUCUGGAACACCUUGACCAUCGCCUACUUUGCUCUAUCCCUGAACACGUCGAACCUCCACGGGAACGCCUACUUCAACUGUUUCCUUUCGGCUCUGGUGGAGUUGCCAGCCUACAUUUUGUCGUGGAUCAUGUUUCGCUGGUGUUCCAGACGACUGACCAUGUUCUUGACGCUCUUCAUGGGAGGAAUGUUUCUGCUCUUGAUACAGCUCAUUCCAGCAGACCUUAUUUAUCUGGCCGUAACGCUCGAGAUGCUUGGGAAGUUUUCGGUGACGACAGCGUUUGCCAUUGCGUACGCCUACACAGCAGAGCUCUACCCGACGGUACUGAGGACUACAGCCAUUGGUGCCUGUUCAAUGGCCUCCAGAAUAGGCAGCAUCGCCGCUCCGUUCUUCAUUUACUUAAGAAGCUAUUCCGUUUCACUGCCUUACAUCCUCAUGGGAAGCAUUACAGCUCUGGCGGGGUUGCUGAGCCUCCUGCUGCCUGAGAGCAAUGGAAUGCCUCUGCCUGACACCAUCACUCACAUGCAGCACUUCCCUGGAUGUUGCCCUUACACACACGUACAAACAGAGGAAGAGGAACACAUGACCAAAAGGAAAACAAGUAGCAGCGCUCACAUCUGAAGCAAAUAACUGGACAGUUCUUUGUGCACAUUUCUGCUACAGAGACCAGAUGCAUUGAUGUCAUUGCAUCAAAAUACUGUGAAAGCAUAUUCAUGCUUGUCCUACAAUGCAAUACCACUGUCCACUGUUAAGAAAAACACCUGUGACAAUACAUAGAAUCCAGAUUCUUGUUUAGGUUUUUAUGGAACAGUUGCUUCAAUUUUAACUCAUGCACUUUUUAUAAUUCACUUCCUAAUGAACGUUUUGUGUACAUCUUUGGGAUUCAAGGCAGAAAACUGUGAUUUCGCACGAUGCAAAAUCCUGUGUGCUGUAACAGUCCUCGAAUAAACACUGCAUUGGUGAAUAUUCAAUAAGAAAAUAAAGUUUUUCAUGGUUUCA